AUGCGGCUCUCUUGCCUCCUUUGCCUUCGCAGCCGUCGCCUCCGACGUAGACUCACACUCCCCGACAGCAGCGACGAGGAUGUCGACGCUCCUUCGAGCUCCACGGCGCGGGCGGCCGGCGAGGCAUCCAGUGAAGAAGAGAGCGAGAGAGCGGACGCAGAAGGCGGCGCGCUGGGCAGCUCUGCGUCGAGCGCGGGGGACGUGCCGAAGGCGACAAGGCGACGCUGGCUGAAGCGGGGCUCGGGCGCGAGCGAGGAGGACCUGGAAAGCCGGAAGGGCGCGAGCGAGGACGAAGAGGCGCCGCACUCGCGUGUCGCCGCCGGCGCCAAGGAGGGCGCAGCCGACGCAGAGAGAGAAGACGACUCUGACGUGCGGCGGACGGAGACCCAGUCGAGAAAGAAGAAGAAGCGCGCACUCGCCAAGGAGGAAAAGAACAAGGACAAUGAGAAGAAAAGCCGCCUGGACUCGCUGCGACGCAAGUUGCAUGAGAAAGACAAGAAAAAGGAGAAGAAGGAACGCCAGCAGCGCGACUCAAGUGAAGAGGACUUCUCUGGAGGAGGGGGAUCCGACUCGGACGAAUCUGCUGGGACAGACUCAAGCGACGAGCGGGCGGGCGCCUCCGAGGGCGCGCCGUCGUCGACCUCCUCACUCGCCUCUUCCGAAGACGAGAGCGACUCGGGCUCGCUCUCAGACGCCUCGGUUCCCCGUGGCCUCCAGCGGCGAGGCGUGCAGACCCGACGCAGCAGGCGCUCGCGAAAGACCUUCUGGCAAGAGACAGAUGAGGAGGACGGCAGCGGCUCCGACGCAGGGGAGACGUUCCCAGACGACGACGUCGAAACCGCUGCCUGCACACUCGAAGACGCGCUCGCGUGGUGUCUGGACACCAUCGAGAAGGAGGAAGAGGCAGGAAAGCUUCACGGCAAGAAACGCGCCACAGUCGAGAGUGCCCGGUUCCUCAGACGCGCCGAGCAGCUGCGCUGGGAUGACGAGCUGACUUUAGGCGGAGCGCGAUCCAUGCUAGAAGCCUUUGACUACCAGACCCCACGGCCCGUCACGACCCCGCAGCUGAGCGUCCUAACCAAGGAGCAGAAGGAGAUCGUGUUCCUGGACUUUCCUAACGAAGUCUAUAAGACGGAAUACUUGCACUUGCGCGUGUUCGACUGGCGCACUCGACGCGUCGUGGUGGCGAAUCUGCUCAAGUGCGCGGCACAGCAGCAGACGGCCUGGCGGGACUUUGACCGCUGGACGCAGGAGUCGAAGCGAUUCUGCGUGACGCGCGAGGAGAAGCUGAACAAGAUGUUCCAGUGCAAAGUCGCGGAGCCCCGAGGCCUGAGAAAGCUGCAGCAUCUGCUCCUUCGCGCCGAGCAGUGUGGCUUGGUUGAGCGGUCUAAGUCGCUUCAAGUGAAGCGCUGUUUCGAAAUCCCUGCGGCGCUCCUGGCGCCCGUCGACUGCAAGCGCACGACUCCUCCGUCUCGGGUCAAGGGAGAAGUCAAAGACGAGCCGAAGCCCGGCGGGGCCUCCCUGUCGCAGCCUGCGGACCCUGUUGACGCAGCGUCGUCGCCGGCUGCGGCGUCGCUCACAGCCAGUUUGUCUUUGACCUCUCUGUCGCCGGAUUUUUCCUCCUCGCUUUCGUCCGUCCCGCCCCCUUCGCUGCCUUCCUCGGUCCUCGACAGCUGCGGCGACUCGCUCGCCGCGACCCCGCCGCUGGGCGGUGACCGGCUUUUCGCGGCUGACGCUGAGGAGGGCCUGUUUGACACAGACGACGUGUUCGCAGAGAACGGCGAAGCAAGCUUCUUUGGCGACACAUUCGAUCUCUCCGCCAGCCGCUGGAACGCCUCAUUCGACGGCAGCAAAGGCCCCAGCGGAUGGGGCGCCCUCAAGCGCACAGUCAAGGGCGAGGGACAGACAGGCUCGGCGCCAAAGAGCGGCGACCAGGUGGCCAGGGAGGUGGAGGACUUGAAGCUCCGAGAGAAGGAACUGAAGCGGCAGCGGCGGGAGAGGCGCGACGCGGAGAAGAAGGACGCGCGCAGAGAAGCCGUGAAGCACCAGUGGCGCGAGCUCCAGCGCACUGCCCGAUGCACUCACGAAGGGCCGCGGUUUCACCACCCGAGGCAGGAGGAACACGUCAAGGGCCAGGAGGAAUACACGACCAAAUUCAGGGUCUUCUCUCGAGAGGAACUGGUGUACAUCCGCCCUCCGGAGGAGGUGCAGAACAAACCGAGAGAGGCGCUGGAUCUUUAUCUCGCUCAGCUGCGCCGCAUGCAGCGGCUCCUCGAGGCUCCGCACAAGCUGAAGCUUGCCGCGAAGUUCGGCCUGAUCUCGACGCAGCCGAACGGCUCAGAGGAUGGACUCGGAGCGCCGGCGGUGAAGCGGCUGAGGGCGAACGCCCCGUGGCUGUGCUCGUUCGAGAAAGAGAAAGCAGAGCAGGAGAGAGCCUGGAAGGACCUGGCGAUGUCUUUCGGCCAAGAGCCCUGGAAGGUGCCUCUGCACUUCAUCCCUGCGUCGAUCCAGACGCAGUGGACCGAGAAGAGGAAACGCGAAGAAGCCGAGCAAAAGCGAGCGGAAAAACUGGAGGGCGAACGGCGGCGCCGCGAGCUAGCCGCGGAUGCAGUAUGUCCCAGCCGAACCAGCAGCCCUCUCAAGUCCAAACACCCCGCGGCGUCCUUCUCCGCGUCUGCACCGUCUUCCGAAGCCUCCUGUCCUUCUUCAUCCUCUUCUUCAGCCUCUGUCUCUUCUCCACUUCGCGCUGCAAAGAGAGGCCGGGGAGGUGAGUCUGCAACCGAGUUGACGGCGACGCCUCAGAGCAGGAAGGAGAAACGAGUGAAGCACCUCGAGGACGACGCGGGAGCUCAGAUGUCGUCCGCGGGUCCCCGCCCAGCCCGCGAGACAGGUGGCGCGACGGCGAACGAGGCCUCGACUCACUGUGCAAAGGGGGACGAACCACAGGGCCAUGAGGCGAGCGCGAGAAAGGAUAGUACAGGCGAGCAGGAGGGCGAGACGCGCACAGACGCGUUGGCGGACGCCGCGGCUGGGCAGCCCGAGGCACAGCUGGAGUCUCUCGAGCUUGAGGGAAGCUCUGCAGACGCGGCGAGCAGACAAGUUGGUGGAGAGGACUCUCCGCAGAUGGCACGCAAGCCUACAGGCGCGGGGGGGGGGACGAAGGAGAGACAAACGACCCUGCAGAGAAGGCGGCGGAAGAGAAGCCAACGCCAGCAUACGAGAGAGCUCGAGCGGAGCCCGAAACUCAAACGCAGUCGCCCUAUCAGGCGGCGCCGUCGGAGCGAUCGUGCCCACCUUCUGCACCUUCGUCUUCGGGCUCGGCUCGUCGUGCUGGAUGACGACGCCGAUGAGCUCGCCAAGCAGCUAAAGGGAAAGAAGAGGCGCCGUCUCGUGACUGACGAGGGUGAAGAAGGACGCGACGAGCCGGACGUCGAAACGAACGACCCACGGGGGCCCUCAGGCAAAGAGGAGACCGAACUGCAGGCCAUGCACAUGCAGAAGAAAUGCAGAGUCAACCCAGACGAGGAAGCGGAGCUGGUCGCCGAGGCAGAGGAGGCCGGGCAUGACGCAGCCGCCAGAGAGGAAACACGAAACAGAAAGAAGACAGCGGCGGCAGCUCUCGGCGACCGCCUCAAAGAGGAGGCGCGGAAGGCGCGGCGGAAGGAAAGAAAGAGACAGAUGCGGGAGUUAAUCAGGCAGAUGACCGAGUUUGAGGCGGAGGAAAACGAAGAAGAACUCGAAGGCGACGAAGAAUACAAGUCUGCGCUCGCGGAGCUCCGCAGUCGGCUGAUCGACCAGGAGGAGGAAGAAGAUGAGUCCGACCUCGGUGACAGUGACGAAGAGUUUCUCGAGGGUCUGUUCGCCGCUGCCGAGGACGAGGCGUUCGAUGCGGAAGCUGAAGACACGGAGGCGAUGCAGAGGAAACUCCAGCAUGACCUGGAAGAGAGAGAAGACCAGAUCUACGAGCGGCUCAUUGGACGCUUCCAGAAGGGCGGAGAAAACGCGAUGGAGCUGACCGAGGCGGAGCGCCGCGAGCUCCAGGAGGAGGAGAGACGACGACGCGAACGAAUGCAGCGACGCAAGCGAGGCGACGAGCACUUGGAGGGGAUUGAACUCGACGACUGGCUGUCGGACGACAGCGAGGCGUCUUCGUCUUCAGGCGAGGAGUCCGGCGAGGAGGAGGAGUCGAUGACCUCGCUUUCCUCCGACCUCACCAAGUGGGCAUCGUUGGACCAGCUUCCCGCAGCGUCGCUAUCGGGCGCGGCUGUCUCUGCCGCCCCCUCUGCAGACGGCAACCCCUCGCUCCUGGUCGCGCAGUGCCGGCAGAAUGCGGAGCGAAGAAGGAGGAUUUUGGCAAGCCGGCAGCGGCGGAGGAUGUGCGAGAGAGACCGGGAGGAAAGCAGUGAGGCCCGGAGCAAUGCCUGCCCGAGUGUGCGCGCCAGCGGACGGACGGCAGCGAGGGAGCCGAGGCGAAGGAACGACGCGGAGCGAGAGCAGACAACUGAGCAGCGGCGAAGUCACCGAGGCGGCAGCGAGAAGACAGGCGCCCACAGUGGAGGCGAAAGACAGACUCACGACGGCAAAGACACCGAGAAAACGAUGCGUGCGCAUGGUGCAUCCGCGCUUGAUACAAAUGAGGAGAAACGGAAUGCUGAGGGCGCGUCGUCGACCAUGUCUAAAUCGUUGUCUGCGACUUCGGCGAAAGCGAAACUGUCUUUGGAAAAACGGAAGAGCCUUUCUUCCAACUCCUUCCCGUCCUCGUCCUUUGGGAUCUUCGGAACUUCGAGCCUGUCGUGCAGCGUGCGGUUCGCCGAUGAUGACAGUAGCUUUGGAAUGCGGGGCGAGUUUGACAACAGCUUGGCGAGUGGAAGCUUUCCGGCGGCUACGUUUCCGCCUCAGACAGGCUCCAGCGGGGGGGCGACAGGCGCUCGCAAGAAGAGUCAGGGAUCCGCGGGCGAGAGACUUGACGGGUCCGAGGGCCGCCCAGCGAAGACCGGAAUCGCAAAGGGGAAGUCCACAGGGGAAGGCACCAGCAUGCCUGCUUCGCCCAUUUGCGUGGUCAAGCGAUUCACUGAUCUGAGGGGACCAUACAGCAAAAUUGAGGACGGUGACAAGACGAGUGGAGCGGGAAGUUAA